GAUAGGCGAGACAACUUUAUCAUCAGAAUCACUGUUGUCAACUGAAACAAAGACAUGGUGACAAUCAAAGCCAUGGCGAUGGUGAUCGCACUCACUAUUUGUCUGACUGCGAACAGUUCUGACGGCUAUCGUUACUGCUGUCGAAGAUAUAUGACAGGCCGAUUACGAGAUCUUGAAAUUAAGGGGUACUCAGUCCAGACUAUUAAGGAGAUGUGUCCCAUUGAUGCCAUCAUUUUCCACACAAAGAAGGGGAAAGCAUGCGCCAAUCCAGCUCUGAAGUGGGUGAUGGACGCUGUUGAUCGUUUAAGGACUAAAGCGCAGAAGAUCCACCAGAACAACUCACUGUAGCAGAAAUAGAGGAUCGUCUGAGCUUUUUAAGGAUGCCAGCUACAGCAGACUGUUUUCUAUGUGAGCUCUGCAGCCUGCAGCCAGCAACCAGCAAUGCAUCACUGUUUUUAAAUCCAGUUAACUCCAGCUUGAAGAGCCUGCUGUAAAUGGCAAAUGUGGUGUUCAGCAAUGCAUAUCUCAGCUCAGUUGUAAGAGCUUGUAUCAUAUUAUGUCUUUAUCGUCUUUGUA